AUGCAGGAAAUGAGCGGGUUCACAGCGCUUCCCGUGUCGUAUGAAAAUGAUACUGUUCACUACAUGUAUAUCAAAAUUCAUGCAAGUUCGAAUGAUGAUGCGACGUACCCUAUCAAUCGCACACUGUUUGUUGUAAAUGUGCCGCCAGAUACGACGAGCAAAACGUUGCGCGACCUGUUUCGCAAAGCAGGGUCUGUAGAAUCUAUUUAUUUGCACAAUGUUCUCGAUUCAAAAGGAGAAGACGCUACAGUGCCCGCCCCCAGACCUAAGCAGGGUACGGGACCACCUGACGUGGAACCUUUGCCGUCACUGGAACCCACUGAUCGCUUGCUGGGAUCGAGUUCGAGUGCACAUGUCGUGUUUCUUGAUACGACGUCACUCGAACGUGCGAUUCGGUUACCGAAACGUUUUGAAAACAAGCCUCAUGUAUGGAAGCUGUCUCGCGGCAAAGAUGAGCGUCUUAUUGGGGUUUCUUAUCUGAUUGAACGAUUCCGUCGACAUCGUCCACCACACGAAGCAAUUAAGAAACAUGCAGAUUCUGCUAUUGCCCGGUACUCAUGGAUCCGUUCACAUCCUCAAUGGCUUAUGGAGCAGCGCGCACGCGGUGAUACCACAACAAGUUUAGGUGUCGGCAUCAAAGCAGCGAGCAUGGGCGAAAAUGGCGAACUACUUGAUGAAGACGGUUUUGUGAUUGUUCAAAGAGGAAACAAGUAUGGUCGUUCAGGCGGCGAAGACAAUACAUUUGCCGCGAUUACCCCAGAAUUUGAAGAAGAGCUGCGCCAACACCCGGAAAAGAAAAAGUCAAAGGAGCUUACAGAUUUUUAUCGGUUCCAGUUCCGCGAGAAGAAGAGACAGCAAUUUGCGUCGCUACGAGCGCAGUUCGAGGCCGACAAGAAAAAGAUUGCCCAACGCAAAGCUUCAUUCAGAUUCAAGCCGCUCUAUUGCUAUGUUGCAUCGUCGUAG